AGCCACGGAACAUGCGGUUCGAACUAUUGUCGGGAUAAAAGUCAAAUAUCCAUCAAACAGGCUGUGCCGUAAGGGCAGCAAACAGAAGCUCAGAGCGAUUUAGAGAGAGAGAGAGAGAGAUGAUGGAGGAAGGAAAUGGAAAUGGCGGAGGAGGGAUGGAUCUGUUGAUGUUGCCGGAAGGCUGCAUAGCCAACAUCCUGUCUUUGACAAGCCCAGCCGACGCAUGCAGGCUCUCUCUGGUCUCCCCCACCUUCCGCUCUGCCGCUGAUUCCGACGUCGUCUGGCACCGAUUUCUGGCCUCCAAUUGCCACAGCCUCAUUUCCGGAUCCUGCUCUUCCUCUCUUUUCGCCGACCGCUCCUCCAAGAAGAAGCUUUUCUUCCGCCUCUGCGAUUUUCCCUUCCUCAUCGACGAGGGUACCAAGAGCUUUUCAUUAGAGAGAUGGAAUGGAAAGAAAUGCUACAUGUUAGCACCAAGGAGUCUGUCCAUUGAAUCGGCCGACACUCCCAUGUCUUGGAGGUGGAUUUCGUUACCAGAAUCCAGGUUUCCAGAGGUGGCUGAGCUUGUCAAUGCGUGUUGGCUUGAAAUUUGUGGCACGAUAAGUACUUGCUUGCUAUCACCAGACACGAAGUAUGCUGCUUACUUGGUUUUCAAGCUGACGGAAUCAACGAAAGGAUUUGCAUACCAACCCGUGGAAGUCUCUGCUGGGAUAACUGGUGGCGAAAAUAUCGUCCGGUCUGUUUAUUUAGAUAGAAAGGAGAGGACAUUUCGUAUCAGACGGAGGCGUGCUGGUCGUGGUGGGCUGGUAAGCGGUGGAGCACCUGCCCCUGGCGAAUUGAAUGAUGAAUCAUUUACGAAAGAGAGGGCGGAUGGGAGGUGUGAGGUUGAAUUGGGUGAGUUCUUCAACAACGAUGGAGGUGAGGAACUGGAGAUGAGCGUGAGGGAGGUGGGGGGUGGCCACUGGAAGUCUGGCCUUGUUAUCCAAGGGAUUGAGAUGAGGCCUAAAGAGGGUUGAUGAAUCAGACAAUUGUGUUUUGGCUUAUUUCGUUGAUGAAUUAGUUCUAUUUGUCAAUGCUUCUUGGCAUUAAUAAAUCGAUUGUCAAGUUCGGAUGUAACCAAAUGCCUAAAAAAAUGGAUCUAAGAAUUUGUCUGAUUAA